UGUACAAGAUAGAUAGAUAGUGUCCUGACUGUAAAUGCGUUAGUUGUGUUAAAGCAAAUGUAAUUUCAUUUAGCAUAAAUCUAGCAUAAAUUUAUCCAUACUGGGCAAAAAAAAUAUUCUCUACAUACUAGUUUGCAUUUCCUAUUAUAUGCCCACAUUAUAUAGUGUUUAAAGACAUCUGCAUCAUGAAUGUUGUAUUCCUUUUAUGUUAACAUUCUGUAUUAUUCAUCCAUUUUACAAAAAUGAGAUCUGAGUCAGUGUCAGUAUCUGCCUCGUGUUUCUAUGCUGUCUCAUGAUUUAGAGAGACUAAAGUCAUCUUAUAAACAUAAUGUUAUGCAGUAUACUGAUAGCGCACAGUGUAUGAAUUAUGCAGUGCUGUAAUGUACAGUAGUUUUGGCAUUGCUAUUGAUAGUCUUCACUCAAGAAUACAAAUGAAUUAACACACAUACAGUAUGGCACACUGUUCAUUCAUUUAGCCUAAUUUAGCCUGCAAGCCUGCUGGCUAGAGUUACCUGUGGGAAAGUGACACCUGCAGGCUGGAUCAUGUGACCAUGUGUGACACAGAUACAGGCUCUGGAGAAGUCUACCACUGCAGUGCAUAUGGCUGCCUCACCAGCAUCCUUAUCCUUCAACGAAAAGCCCCAUAGCAACACCACCGUGGAGCAAUUCAAACCGGUUUGUGGUAAAUUUUUUUGGAUUUAUCACUUACUAAAGGAGAACUCUCUUGCUUUUACUUCACAACCUCUGGGAAGCUGUUUGAUGCAGUAUUAUCAUGACUGUGAAGCAUCUCUCAGUGGAGUACGAUAAGGUGAAUGACCGAGGCACCUUCUCGCCAGGUGACAUCCUCUCUGGAAAAGUGACAGUGGUGACCAGCAAGGAAAUCAAAGUGCAGAGUUUUGUGGUCAAAGCCAAAGGAAAAGCCAAAGUAACUUGGUGUGAACAAGAAGGACAAACCACAGUGAUCCACUGCAACAAGAAGAAAUACUUUAAUUUUGAACAUAUUAUUCUUCAGGAUAAAAAGAAAGGAGACGGCUCAGAAAUCAUCAGCCCUGGAAGAAAUGUGUAUCCAUUCAACUUUGUGAUUCCAAAUACAGACAUGCCUUCAUCUUAUAAAGGGAGAUGGGGCACCAUCACAUAUAGUUUGCGAGCACAGCUGACUCAGUCAAUCUGGCUUGUACAGAAAACCAAGACUGAGUUCCCUUUUCUGACCAAGUCUGAGUUUCCCUUUGCCUCCAAAUCAGAAAUGAUUAUCAUUGGACUUAAGGAGCAACAACAUGCGACCAGGAUUACAUUUUAUGGCUCUGGAAGGAUUACAAUGAACGCCACCUCAGAAAAAAUGGGAUUAAUGCAAGGUGAGGCAAUGGGAAUCUCUGUGGAAGUAAUCAACGGCUCUGCACGGACAGUAACACCCAAAUUCUACUUGUGUGAGAAGCAGACUUUUGUUGCUCAGUCAAAGAGGAUGGUGCACACAAAUGACAUCUUCUGUGGGACUGGAGACUCUGUUCCAGCUGAGACCAGUCGGACUGUGACUAAAAUCCUGAGCAUCCCUCCACAGCUCCCUCCUACCUUCUUCAACUGCUGCAUGAUGAAGCUUGAGUACAGACUUAAGGUCACUCUUGCUGCUCCUCUGAUAAGAGACCCAGAAAUCAAACUCCCCCUGGUCAUCCUGCUGGGUUCACCAAAACCACUUCAACAAAAACCAAAGAGAUCUAUCUGGUUUCGAAAGCUUCCUAGUUAAAAGGACACGUUAGAUAAGAGGGAAGGACAUGGAUGUUGUUUGAUGGGAUUCAAAAUAAAAGCAUGAGGAACUAUGUCAGUUCAGUGUGACUGUAUUUAAAUGAGUGGAUGUUUUCUGGGGGGUUGCACGGUGGUUGAGUGGUUAGCACUGUCGCCUCAGAAAUGCUGUGGGGUCAAUAAAUAGGCCUAAACAUCAUUGCAACAUCGUGACCCGAAUGAGGAAUAAGGGGUGGAUGGAUGAUGGCUGUUUUCUGGGCAAGUUCAAGUGACUUUCCACACUAUGUGCUCUCCUGUCCACUAGAUGGAGAUAUGUGUCAUAUCAGUAACUACAUUAAUUUGACUGUAUUAAACUCUAGCUAUUAUCUACACA